AUGCAUCACCCUGAUCGCAAGGUGCCUCUGUCUGACCGCUUUCGCUUGGCCCCGAUCAAUGUGGAGAACAAGAUACCAACGCCGGCAGCUAUUGAGCAAUACGUUGGUGAAGUUCAAAAUGCUCUGUGGGAGUUGGAGGAGCAAGGUUUUCAGGCGCUUCUCGUCCUGCGCGUCGACCCGCGUAUUUUUGCGGACACCAUCAUGAUCCGUUAUAACUUUUUAAGUAUCCACAAUGACGAGUUUAAGAGAAUGUGGGAGGACUUUAGUAACUUUAAGUGA